GGGUCAUGUGACGCCGCGGGGUGACGCGCCGCCGCUCUCACAGCCGCUGCCAUGAACAUUGACGUGGAGUUUCACAUCCGACAGAAUUAUCCCUGGUCUAAACUGCCGGGCAGCGUGAGGCAGAGUCUUGGGAACUCGCAGCGCGAGUACGAAAAACACGUCCUCCUUUACAGUAUCCGCAACCAGCUGCGGUACAGAAAUAAUUUGGUGAGAUAUGUUAAGAAAGAUGAGCGCAAGUACUAUGAAGAGCUGCUUAAAUACAGCAGGGAGCACCUCAUGCUGUAUCCAUUUCAUUUAUCGGAUAUUAUGGUCAAGGGACUACGCGUUACACCCUUUUCUUACUACAUAGGAAUUAUGGAGGACAUAAUGAACAGUGAAAAAAGUUAUGAUUCUUUGCCCAAUUUCACAGCAGCUGAUUGUCUAAGGCUCCUGGGAAUAGGAAGAAACCAGUAUAUUGACCUCAUGAACCAAUGUAGAUCAUCAAAAAAAUUUUUCAGGCGAAAAACAGCUCGUGACCUACUCCCAGUGAAGCCUGUGGAAAUUACUAUUGAGCCGUGGUGGGUAGUGCAGGCUGGCUUUAUUACAGAGGAUGACAUUAAGAUCUGUUCGACACCAGAGAAGAUCGCUAUUGAUAAAAUCAUUGAUUUGGGGCCUCAGCUGUCUGGGCUUUUGGAACACAAUGUGGUGCUCAGUUUGUAUAAUAAAGGUUUUGUUUACCUUGAUGUGCCGAUAUCUGAUGACAGCUGCAUAGCAGUUCCACCAUUGGAGGGAUUUGUGAUGAAUCGAUUGCAAGGUGAUUAUUUUGAAACUCUUCUCUACAAGAUUUUUGUCUCUAUUGAUGAACAUACGAAUGUUGCAGAGUUGGCAAACGUGCUUGAAAUAGAUCUAUCACUUGUAAAGAAUGCAGUGUCAGUGUACUGUCGUCUGGGUUUUGCACACAAGAAGGGACAAGUGAUCAAUGCAGAGCAGCUUCACCCAACGUGGAAGGAUGUCGCAUCAGUCAAUAGAUUAAAGUGCUCCAUGGACCCCGAGAAGAUGCUGUUGUCAUGGGAAGGGAUGGAAAACAGAAGUCCUGUGCAGGAUGUUGCAUCUUCAGCAACAGACACUGAUACUGCCAGUCAGGAGGAUGUGGCUGACUCUGUGAGCGUGAGCAGUCUCAGCACGCCCAGUGGACACACAAAGCGAAUUGCAUUCCUGUUUGAUUCAACCCUCACGGCUUUCUUAAUGAUGGGAAACCUUUCACCGAAUCUGAAGAGCCAUGCAGUCACCAUGUUUGAAGUAGGGAAGUUAUCAGAUGAGUCCCUGGACAGUUUUCUGGUGGAACUUGAAAAAGUACAGAACACUGGUGAGGGAGAAGCCCAGAGGUAUUUUGACCAUGCGCUUACUUUGAGAAACACAAUACUUUUCCUACGACACAAUAAGGAACUAGUUGCAGAUGCUGAGCAGCCAAACAACGGUUUUCCACUAGAUCUGUUGCGCUGUGAGAGCUUGCUGGGGUUGGAUCCGGCUACUUGCAGCAGAGUGCUGAACAAGAAUUACACUCUCUUGGUCUCGAUGGCACCUCUUAGCAAUGAAAUUCGACCAAUAAGCAGCUGUACACCACAGCAUAUAGGACCAGCAAUUCCGGAAGUCAGUUCAAUUUGGUUCAAACUUUACAUGUACCACAUCACCCGACGAGGACCUCCUUCACUAUUACUUUCAAAGGGAUCAAGACUUAGAAAACUUCCUGUUGUUUUUCAGAACUUUGAUCGAUUGCUUAUAACCUCUUGGGGACAUGAUCCUGGUGUUGUUCCUACCUCAAAUGUGCUCAGCAUGUUGAACGAUGCACUGACACACUCAGCUGUAUUAAUACAGGGUUAUGGCAUCCAUGGUCAUGGUGAAACAGUUCAUGUUCCAUUUCCCUUUGAUGAGCAACAGAUGAAAGGAGAAUUUUCACGCAGCAACAUGUGUGCUCACCAGUCUUUGAAAGUGUUGAGUGAGAAAGUGGAUUUGGACCAUUUUUGUGGAUACGUGACAAUGCUCAAUCAUCGUGUUCAACAUACUAAUGACAGGUGUUUGAACGCUGAGUCAGAUGAGAAAGGCGAAUCAGAUUCCCCAUCUGGAUCUGAUGCUCAGGGCAGUACAGAAUCAUUCGAGUUGGUGGCAGAUGAACCUGUGGCAGAUACAGUUUCCAAUAGAAUUACUGAAGUCUCAACAAGAGAACAUGAAUGGAUGCCCCUGGAGCUGUGCUUCGGGAUCCCCCUGUUUGUUUCAGAACUCAACCAGACUGUUUGUCAGAAAAUUGCCACACAUGGAUUGUGUGGCAAGGAGAGCCUUCAGAAACUCUUGCAUUCCAGUCGCAAACUGUCUCUUCAGGUCCUCAACUUCGUACAGUCAUUCCAGGACCCUGGAGACUCUGACAGUGGUGUUGCUACAUUACUUAACCAGCCACCACCUGAUGCAGGAGUUCCACUUCCAGCCAAGAAUCUCAUCUUCAAAGAUGGUGUUUUGUCUGAAUGGGUUGGACAGUCUCCUUCAUCUGUACAUAUUGCAAAAUCGCACAAGGACCAAACUAACUAAACCCAUUCCUAUUGUUGGAAUACUGCCUGUCUCAGUAGGUAAAUGUCACAGGGAACAGAUGUAUUUACUGCAUCUCCUCUUAACCUUUAGGGACAGCAAAGCAUUUACCUGCUGAUCCAGUUUAAUGUGUUCAAAUAGCACCUUAAUAAUGUAAAAAAAAGGAAAUAUGUAUGAACUCUUCCUGUUUGAUUUGAGUUUUGUGUAUAAAAAUUAAAAAGCAGAAGAAAAUGUCAGCUUAUGGAUAAGGGUAAACAGACCAGUUACUUCUUUCAGUGUGAGCAAUCGUUAGGCAUAUUUUCCCUUGGUCCAUGUAUACUUUGCAAAAAUUGCACUCGCCUUUUUACGAGGCUCUUUCACGGGCACCCAGCAACUAUGCCAUCCUGCCAGUAAAAUGGAAAUGUGUGUUAUAAUUUCCAAUUUCCCUUUGGAUUGGAAGUUGGAAUUUUGCUUUCAUUGAGUUGUAUGGAGAGCUCUUUUUUUCUCCCUUCUAAUACCCCUCUACCAGGAGAUGGUUGGAUACGUCACCCUAGUGGCCCAGUUGCAAACAGUAUUUCUAGUACAAGUUAGUUGGAUUAGUCACCUCAAUUACCUUAACCUUUGACUAUAAUAUUGAGAUGUGUUAACUCCUCCGUUUUGGCAUAAUUUGAGAUCCCAUAUCAAAUUGGAAAACAUCCUCUGAGCUAAAGGAACAAAACUUUUGCAUUACGAGAGUGCACACAUUAAACACUAAUUUGAGUGGAUAAAGUUAAUGUGAUAUUUACAAAACCUCACAAUUCAUGGGGAUAUGGAAUACCAGGAUGUUGAACAUAUACUUGCUAUGUGUAGUACUGUGGUGUAAAUAUUGUCUGUCAUCAAGGAUGUAUAAAAGUGUAGUUGAGAAGGGGAAGUGGCUGUUUUUUCUGUUUCCCCAUCCUCCUCUGGUGAUUUACAUCAGAGCAAAAUACUGGCUUAAUCUGUUGUGUGGUUGUUGGUCAACCAUCAAGGUUCAGUAAUAAGUAUCUGGGUAUAUCUACCAUGAUUGCAAGCUCAUGAAAGAUAAUACUGUAUCAGAAAUACAAUGCUAAUUUAUUAGCUAUGUGCAACAUAUCCAUUUCAUGUUAUUGACCGUAUACAAUGUGUACGAAUUAUUCUUGAGGGUGGAAAUCUAGAGAAAGAUUAAUUUAACCUAAUCAAGGCUUUUUUAAUGUUAAUAACCCUGUCUAGGAUGAGGGCGUAUUUUUCAUAGCAAACGCUUUUACUAUAAAUCAGUUUUAAUUCUUCGAUUUCAAUAGUCAUUUAAUAGAUUAUUUUGUACUUUUUUAAUAGGUAUCUCACCUCUGAAGUUAAUUUGAGAGAAAUUCUGAUAAUUUCAAAAGUUUCUAUUUUGAGUUCUGUGAUUUUUGAAGCAGGAAGUGGCUUUGGGGGGAGAAGUGGCCGGUGGAAAGUUUCUGAUUUCAUACAAAACGCAACUUGCAGAAAAUAUGGACCUACUUUUGUUUAACUGUUACAAAGCUGCUUUUUACAUGCAGUUUUGUGCUGCUGCUCAAAGCUGAUUCUUUUUACAGAAGUAUUUAAGAUAACUGAUGAAGUGCUUCAUUAGGAAACUUAUUUGCUGGCUUUUUUAAAGCUGGUUUUAUUACUUAAGUAAAUUCACUUAAGUGGACUGCACUCACUGUUGUUCAGUAGCAACAAUAUUUCUUUGUAAUAUCAGUGAUUCCAGUUCAAAUGCUGCUGGAAACGAUCUUGUAGCGAAUGAGUUAAACCACCAUGUGUAUUGUCUUUAUGAUUAUUAUAUUGUUGCAAUGCCACUGAUGUAGUUAUGGAAAUUUCUGAAUACUCCUAUUUUCAUUCUGUGAUGCCUUUUAAAUUGAAGCAGUUAAUAAGUUAUCUUGGCAGUUAUCUCUCUGCAAAACAACAAUGAAGUAUAAAACGACAUUACCUUGAACAUGUGUAAAUAUAUAAGCCCAAAUUUGUUUUCAUUGAUGCUUCCCAUUGACUGUAACAUGAGGCAUUGUACAUUUGUCUUUUGCACUGCACAUUACCACAGUUCCUUAAUAACUGUCCUGUUUUGCAAAAGAAAAGUCAAUAAAUCAUUGUUACUGCCAUGAGCUAUACCUCGCAGGCACUUUGGUCUGAGAACUGACCUCGACCUGGCAAAAUUUUGAGCGGUCAGACUGUUAACUCAUAUUGAAUUAAAAAAAAUUGGGCAUUCAAUCUGCACAUUAUGUUGAAGUAUAUAGUAAAUAAAUGUUAACAAACUUAA